GACAACUUGACAUAUGUGUUGGAUAUUUCCAUAUUUUCAUCAACUAGUCAAAUGUAAUUUAUAAAUAUUAGAAUUAUAAAUAAACAACAACCGAAUUUCGUUAUAAUAUUAUUAUAACACAAUGGAAAUACUUCCAGAGGGUGUGAAUGCAAAUUUUAAGAAAGGUCCCGGACUUUAUGAAUUUUUAGUGGAAGCUGAAUUGCAACAUUAUUUCAAUAGUUUCAAAAAUAACCUUAAAAUUACACAUCCGUCACAACUAAAAUUCACUAUAGAAGGAGAUCUGAUAGAAAUGGGAAUGUCAAAACCUGAGAUAAGAAGACUGCGAAAAUAUUAUGAGAAACACUUCCCACACAACUACCUUUCGAAAUUUAAAAAAUUGCUCACUCAGAAAAAACAAGAAUACUCAAAUACUGAAUCCUGCCUCUUGAGCAACACAGACUCUAUGACACUAUCUAGAGCUCCUAAAGUAUCCAGUAAACACAUUAUACCAGCUGCUAGUAUAUCAAUCAAUAAAGAGUUAGGAAUGGGGGAAUUUGGAGUAGUGCAGCAAGGAGUUUGGUGUAAUGAGGGAGAAAGGAUACAGGUUGCGAUAAAGUGUUUAUCGAAAGAUAGAAUGCAGAGCAAUAUGGUGGAAUUUCUCAAGGAAGCAUCAAUAAUGCAUAAUAUAGACCAUCCGAAUAUUGUUAGAUUUUUUGGAGUUGUUCUGCCCAAUAUCGAAGGAAGUUUGAUGUUGGUGACUGAACUAGCACCUUUGAGAUCACUUCUAGAAUGUUUGAAGGAGCCAUCUUUGAGGUCAAGUUUUCCUGUCUUGACUUUGUGUGAUUUUGCAUAUCAGAUUGUUGAUGGAAUGACAUAUUUGGAGGCAAAUAGAUUGAUUCACAGGGAUUUAGCGGCUAGAAACAUAUUGGUAUUCUCCAAAAACAAAGUGAAAAUAUCAGAUUUUGGAUUGAGUCGUGCAUUGGGCCAAGGAAAGGAUUACUACCAGACUAAUUUCAAUGUAAAUUUGAAGCUCCCUAUUGCUUGGUGCGCCCCAGAAUGUAUAACCUAUCUUCGUUUCACAUCUGCAAGUGAUGUAUGGGCUUUUGGGGUUACACUAUGGGAAAUGUUUUCUUAUGGUUUUCAACCAUGGGCAGCCUUAACUGGGCAACAAAUAUUAGAGGCAAUAGAUGAACCCAACUUCCAAAGAUUGGAACAGCCAGAAUGUUGCCCCAUUGAUCAUUAUAAUCUAAUGUUAGACUGUUGGAGACAUGAAGCCUCCCAAAGGCCUCGAUUUGCUGAUAUUGGACCAAUUUUGGCUGAAUGUAGACCAGAGCAAGUUCAGACAAAAGUUGCGGCAUCUGAAGGACCUCAUAUGCUUUCUUUUAGAGUGGGUGAUGUUAUAACAGUUUUAGACAAAAAGACACACAGUCCUUUGUGGAAAGGAAUUACUGUAAGUGGGAAGACUGGCCUAUUCGAUCCUAGCAAUUUGGUUACAUACCUAGGGAACGAUCUACCCAGUUCCUCUUUUAUGAGAACAGAGAGCACCAGGUCUUCGCAAAGGAGAAAAUUGAGAAGUGAAAUGAUCAGUGCACCUCAAGGGGACUUCAAGCACACAGGUCAUGUUGGCUUAGAUGGGGCUUACUUUGGAGAUUUGGCAUUUUUAGGUGGAUCUAAGGGCAAUUAUGGUUCAGUACCAACACAAGUUGUAGCGCCAUACAGACCUCAUAAAGAUCUUGAAGCUGCUCCUUUGCUAGAAGACCACAUACCAGUACCAGCGCCACUUCAAGACCACGAGUACCAUGAGAUCAGCGAUGAGGAAACUUCCCAUAGUCCACAUCUGGACCUCGGGCCGUCCCUUCUCGCCGAAAUGGAGAUGAUGUUCACUUCUCUAGGUCAACAGAACAGUUCCAUCGAUCACGAGGGGUCCAAUAGGAGUAAUGAACUCAGGGAAAAAUUGAACAACACGAAGAAGAAGCAAGCUACAAUAAAACCGAUAUCGGCUCACGACCAGAAAACUUUAGACACGGCCAUUGCUAUGGCCAAUGAAAUAACGACUAGGUCUAUGUCCGCGCCAGCACCAACUACCCCAGCCUCCCCGAGCAAGAAGAAAUUCAGUUUUCGAUUUCCCUCCGUAUCGGACCCUGAUAAACAUGUGGAGAAGAGGAAUUUUUCUGAAGAAGCAUUGUCAACAUCUGAUUUACAGUCGAAGGUUACACAGGAAGCUCAGCUCGCUUACCAAGAACUAGUGGAAAAUCCCAACAGCGAUGUUCCACAGAUGAUGGUUACCAAUCCCCUUCGUAUAAUUAGAUCGGGGCAACUUCCAGUCGUUAACAAUACUCGAGUUAGGUCUGCAAGCGUAACAAGCACUCUCCCUCCGAAAAUCAGUGAUAUAGCUCGAAGUUCUAUACCGGAAAACUUGAAUGGAAAUCCUAAAGAACAACAACCACAUCAAACAGCCACGUUAGGAAGGCAUUCAAUGAUGCGAAGCAAUAGUUCCUAUUCUGAACAGACCAGUUCGAAAGAAGAUAAUCCCAUUCCCUUACCACCAAGAGAUAAAAACAAAGCUCUCCUGACCGCCAAACCGAGACACACUCGAAAACAUCCGCUAAUAAUACCCCCAACGAGCUUCCAGGCCACCCUAGAUAAAGUGAAUUGCGCGGGAAAACCGCCUAUUUCCCAAACAAAUCCGUUCGUUAGGACAAAAUCAUCGGAGCCUGUUUACUCUAACAAUGUACAAGGUAUGAUCGAGAAAAACUCGGAUUCGGUGCAUUUUGAGGAGCAGAUCGAAUCCAAUUUGAAUGCCCUCGACGAAAUACCUUCGGAAACGGAUGUGGUAGACGGGGUUUCCGAAGAUUUCGGUAGGAUGAAAACGGAAGACGAUGGAGGUUUGACUCACCAUGUGAGUUGCGAGGAUUUGCUCAAGUUUGCCAACACAAAACCCCUGUCUAGGACCAGAGGAAAUGAUUCGGACGAAGUGAGGAUCAUGUCUAAAGUAUUGGGGAAGAAUGUGAGCACGGAAAAAUGUUUGGAGGCCCUGGAUCACUCAGAUUGGGAUGUUAUGAGGGCUAUAAAAAUUUUGAAGUUGCAAAAUGUAGUUACUGCUGACCUAAGAACUUGUUAUAACGCACUCGAAAAUUCCGCUUGGGAUGUAGCAAAAGGAGCACAAUAUAUUUUGCAACAAGAUGGUGAAGUUACUCAAGUUUAAAUAUUCUUUCUUAUAUUCGACCCAUUUUGAAUUGCAAAAUUAUCUUGCCAUAGGAAUCUAUUCUUGAAAGCUUUAAAUUUUCUUGUUUUUUUGUUGGUCCACUCUAUACGCAAUUUUCAACAAUUUUUGAGUAUUGUUGGUAUUCGUUAUAGUGGAUCAAUAAAUUAUUUUCUCUUAUCCUUCAUCUAAUAACAUUAUUAGAGCAUGCCCUUUUCGAAACCAAAGCAAUUUUGAUCAAAUGUCAAUAUGAUAAAUUAUUUCUACUGCAAGCACAAUCUCUUGAUGCAGUGUGAAAUUUUGGAGCUCCUUUAUUAUUUUUGACUUACUAUUAUGUACUUACUAAAGAUAUUUUAAUUUAAUGAAUCCAAAAAAAAAUUAGUUCCUGAUUUGUGUUAUCAAAUUGAAAUUUAAUGUACAUAUACAUAUUUUUUCAAAUCUUAAUUCGUCGUCCAUUGUCUUGAAUACCAUUGUCAAAUGAUGGAAGAUAGUUGAGAAGUUUUGACUGUUUUAUUUUGUUAGAAUCUCAUUUACAUUUACUUGGAUUGUACAAUGAAUUUCAUGCUAUCGACAUUUUCUCAAAUAUUUUAUGUUACUAACAUAUUAUAAGUGAAUAAUUUAUAUUAUCUAUAUUACAAUUUUAUACAUAACUAUUGGUAA